UUACAAAGGAACAUCUAUCCCAUUCUAUAACACAAGUGGACUAUAUGUGCCCGCAUAGUUCAUAUUAGAUAAGAACGAAAUGAAGCAUGGUUGCCUAAUUUCCGGUUGUACUGGUUACAAUAAUCUCAUCCCCGUUAAGGGUAACUUGAAAAGGGAAGAGAACCAGUUGAAGCUCAUUCCUACAAAGACAAAACAAGUCAAGUUUUUCAAAUCCCUGGCUCCUCCUCUUGCCGCUGCAUUCCUGCUUUUUUCUCCUAUUUGCGUCCCUCCAGUUUCAAGUGCCCAAAGCAUAGAUAUCCUAAGAGGAGCCUCAUUGUUCCAACAAACAUGUAUUGGAUGUCACGAUGCAGGUGGAAACAUUAUACAACCAGGAUCAACUCUAUUCACAAAGGAUUUACAAAGAAAUGGCGUUGAUACAGAAGAAGAAAUCUACCGCGUCACAUACUAUGGCAAAGGAAGAAUGCCGGGAUUUGGUAGAGAGUGCACGCCUCGAGGGCAGUGUACAUUUGGAGCUCGUUUGGAAGAUGAAGAUAUCAAGAUAUUGGCUGAGUUUGUCAAGUUACAAGCUGAUAAAGGGUGGCCAAGUAUAGAAAUUGAAGAAAAAUGACUUAGUAAUUGAAACGUCUCUCUUCCAUCCUGUCCUAAUGAAUUGGUACAAAGUCAUUGAUUUAAUCGAUUUAUGUGCAUUAGUAUUUUUAUAGGCUUUGGAAUUUUCUAAAAACAUAUUUUGUGGUGCAAGAAUAAUUAAAUAGAUAAAAUGAUUAGGGCCCGUAUGUUACUGUGAAGGGAUAUGAAUUUUAUAUAUAUAUAUAUAUAUAUAUAUAUAUAUAUAUAUAUAUAUAUAUAUAUAUAUAUAUAUAUAUAUAUAUAUAUAUUGAAAGAGUAUCUAUAAAAAAAAGUGUUAUUGUAAAUGGGUAUGAAUAACAUCUAUAGAUAGUAGUGAUGAUUUGACGAGAGUCACACACAUUCUAUUUUUUUCAUAAUAGUUUCUCUAUCAAUAGUAAUUAAGAAAGGAGUACGAAUGAGAAAGAGUUAGUUAGUCUCGGUGGAUUAGGCCAUCUUUAAAUCAUCAUCAUGGAUCAAAGCAAACAAUUUAAUGUCUUCAUGAAUGUGAGAAUUAUAUAUUCUAAGAUUCUUUAUUAUGAUUAGUUUUUGUUCUUACUCAGUCUUGGCCUAAAACCUUGUCACUGAAAAGGAGCCCAACGUAAUCACAAAGUUCAAAAGGUGAAGAUAUUUGUAAUAAAAAUGAUGUUAGAACAAAAGCGUUAGAAGAAGGUAAAAUAUCUAUUUCAAUAUUGGUUACAAAGAAGAUGGUUCUAGUACAUGUGGAAUAGGUAUAAACAUGUCUUUAAAAGCACUUGAUACAGGCAGGAAACCAAAUUAAGACCGUAAGAUAACAUAACGAAUUAUAUAUUGACACAUGUUACCCUGGACAAUCAUGAUUGAAGUUAAGGGACGUGGACUCGUAGAAACCCUAAUCAAAUCCUUAUAAAAAGGAACAUAUGUCAAAUCAAGGUACACAAAAUUCCAUAAAAUUUUAUACCUUUCAUAUUUGACAAUCACUGACUUGAGCGUCAUACUAUUUGUAGGUAUAACCCCCACAAAAUCAAACCAACAACCAAGAUAGGAACGAUCCUCAUACCGGUGACAAUCAAAACUUGACCGUUUUGAGAAGAAUUUUCCUCAUCGAAAGGAACAUCAGUAUCGUAUGUGGGAACACAAAAUAACGUUCCAACCACCUUCUCAAACUUCAAGAAAUGGAAAACUAGGGAAGAAGACCAACUUGCAAUUUCAACCAUACAUGAUUCGCGGCGAGCGCAGUCGUAAAAAGGAGCCCACAUUAAGAUGAGGGUCUUACAGCUUCAUCAUCUAGCACAAUAAGCCAAAUCUAAUGAGCUCGGGCAGACGAGGCUCCCACACCUUUUCUUUAAAACGACUAGCUCUAAACUCAAGUGGUCGCUAACGCGGAUUCACCCUAAGUGAGAAAUAACACACUUUGCAACUUACUCAUAGAGGGCCAUGAUGAAAUGAACACCUUACUUAUAGACUUGUCGGCGGUAGUUAACAGGUAAUCAACACUUUUUGAGCUCCAAAACGAACAACUCCGACAGGUUAAAAUUCCAAAUUACCAUAAUUUCCAACCUCCCAGAAUCCAGCACAGCGUGAUCACUAACUACAUUGACAACUCGCCCUAACAACAAGGAAGGGCUAAGGAUCACCUAAAGCAUAAGGCCCGGUUACCCCGAGCCGAGAAACACUCCCGAUACAUUUCGAACAAGAAAAUAGAAGAUCAAAGGCUAGAGGCCAUUGCUGCCAAAGGAUUGUACAUUCCUCAUCCUCCAAACAUGAUCAGUGCAUUUUGAUGCACAUUCUUUUACUGUUUUACUUAGACGUUUCUCAGUUUUUUAUAUUAGUUUUACUAUUUUAUUGUGUUUUUAGAUUUAAGUUUAUUUUUGCCUUUAAUUUGAAUUCAUAUUUUAUUUUCAGCAUUAACAGUUAUUUAAUACAUGUUUAUCGUGUGAACCAUAACUUGAGUUACGGGAAUCAGAUUGGCUCAUUCUGAUAGGCGUUGGAAAGCUAAGAGAAAGAGCUACAAAUUUCAUGUUAAAGUCAAAAGCUGAUUCGGAGUGAAGAAGUGUCAAAUAAUUAGUUGAAGUUCUAGACUAGUUAAUAUAAUUAGAAUUGAUUUUCUUUAUGUUUUCGGGGCAGAUGCCUAUAGGGUCCGAAUUCCCUUUUAGUACUUAUAACAAAUUUUGUUGCCACACUAAAUUACCAUUGACUAUUUCCGAAAAUUACAGCUUGUACUCUCAUAGAGAGCUAAACCUAAGGAGUUGAUCUACUGUAUUAAGGUUCCAAUCUUUGAGAUUAUUAUAAUGUUCAAUCAAAUUUCGAUUUCCUUUCAA